AGAAUGUAUGUAACUGCCAAAAUUGAUUGUCCUAUAUCCUUUCUCAUUGUCUUAGUAACAGGUGAAACAAUAUAACAGUGAAUAUGAUAGUUAUUUUGAAAAUUAUUUUUCACUUCCUGUGUUGAAAGCUUACACAAUUACAGUUUGGAGAUCAAGCAUCAUGGUCAUUACACAAAUUAAGGUCAAUUUCUUUGUGAAAAUUUGGAAUGUAGUAAACUGCCAAAAUUGAUUGUCCUAUAUCCUUUCUCAUUGUCUUAGUAGCACAAUCUGUUAGCACUGUAGCAGGUGAUGUUGAAUUCAGAAAUGGAUAUUGCAAACAGGUGAAACAAUAUAACAGUGAAAAUGAUAAAAUUAUUUUGAAAAUUAUUUUUCACUUCCUGAUUAGUAAAAGAUUAUCUAUUUUAUUGUUGAAAACUUACACAAUAACACAGUUUGGAGAACAAGCAUGGUUAAUGCAAGCUAUAGUAGGGCAUAUAGCCUUUCCUGUUCCACUAACUACAUCCAGACCCCAACUUUUUGCAAAGUUUGGAUACUUUAUUAUAACAUUAUUCAUUUGAGCAUGGCAAAAAUGUUUCACCAUCAGUCCACCAAUAUAUAAAUGUAUUUUGUCCAUGUCACUUUUAGAUUGGAAUUGAUCAAAAAAAGUUGUCUUCAGAAUUAAAUACAACAAAUUUCUUGUUGCACCCUAGAACAUUCAAAUUAAAAAGAAGUCAUUGAUUAUGAAUAUGCUCACAUAUAAUAUUUUGUUGAUUUGGGCUGAAGACAAUUGAUUGAAAUUUGUCUCAAGGGAAUAAAUGAAUGGGUAAUUAUUCUCUGGGUUCCCAUAUUUCAUUUCAUCUUUAAUAUCAGUCACAAAGUGUUUGCUUGCACCAUACAACAUCAAUCUGAAUGCCAUAUAGCUGUAGUCUGUAUCUUCCAUUGACCAGAAAUGUCUCUGAAGCCCAUAACAUUCAUAUCUAUGAUAGUUUUUGUAAGCCAUACUGAGGCAUGUUCUUGAACAGAAUAUACAAACAUUACAGCCCCUACAUCUGAAGCAAAAGAAAGCUAGAAAAGAGAUGACUUGAUGCAAGAAUCAAGUAGGUAUUACGUAUAAAAAAGUUUGCAAGUUAUUCCACAGUUAUGGCAUCUAUAGAGAGAUGAAUCCUUAUCUCCCACACAUGUACAUAGUGGCCUAACUUGUAGUACUGUUGGGCAUUCAUUUAUAAUAACUGUAUCCCUUGGAAUCUCUUCUUUAGCAAUGAAAUGUUUUCCUCUCUCAAUAGAAUUUCUGCAGCAAACAUUGUCAAUUAGAGAUUAUGUCAAAUAGUUUUCAAAGAAAACUUACUCUAGCCCCAAGAGAUUGGAACAAUAAAGGAUAUCCUUGCUCUGUUUUUUGAGAGGAAUAGGUUCAAAAUAUGAGUUAAGUUCUUCAUUGGGGAUUUCAUUAUUCAUUACAUCUUUGAACAGUUCACAAUAAUCAUUCAUCACCUCAAUAUCUCUGAGUAUUUUGUUGAUACAUCCAUUUUUGCUUGAAACAAAUAAUAAAAUAAUAUUAUUCCUAGUUAAUAGUAAAUCUUCAAAUAUUUCAAGGUGGAUUAAUAUAGGACCUACAUAACUAUAUAUUCAUACCUUAUAGCAUUGUAGUAUUUGGCAAAGGCAUCAUAUUCAUUCAAGUAAGUUUCUUUGAAAUAGUACUUUCCUUGAAAAUUUAUAUUAUCUCCAGCUAAAAAACGUACCCAAUAAUGUUGAGAAAUAAAAAUGGACAAGAUCUAAACUCACCCUUAGUUAGGGGCAUGUUUUCAAAACAAAAUGAAAAGAGGAUCACAAAGUUGGUAACUAGUUCGACCUGAAUUUCAUGAACAUGAAUAACGAAAAAUCGAAUAAACUAAUAUAGUCAAAACACCCAGUAAAUAAAAAUAAUAAAAAUAUGAACGAAAUAAACACUAAUCACUGGAACUGACAUUACUCAUCCUUACAAUAAUUAUACAACCCACACAUCUCAUUUCGAAGGAAAGUUAUGAACUACUCGAAACUGUGUCGAAGUGAGUAGUUCAAAUGUCGUAUUUUGGUAUUUUUCAUUUAAAACCAGAAGAAGAACGGUUUGACAUUUGACAACAAUUUACUCCUUGAAUUUGACAGUGACACUGACACAUCAGCAGUUUUUAUUUAUAUUAAUUAUUUGUUUUUGUUGUGAUGACAAAAAUACAAGAACUAUAAUUUGAUGAUAGAUUAUAUUGUAUAAAAGCAGCUGACUAUUUAAAGAUGUCUCGCCACAGGGACAUCAGAAAUAUGGAUUAUCUGGAUGACUAUGAUGGAUAUGAUGAUGUAUAUGGACAUUCUGUUGAGGACGAUUAUUACAUUUCCCCCAGUAACAGACAAUUCAUCUAUAAUCGUGAACACUCCACAAGAAGUUCUGAAGGUGAUAUCAAAGAAGAAGAUGAAUCAGAGGCACAAUUAACUGAUUUGGAAAAAACUAAAGUGGAAUCUUGCAUAGAUCAAAUCAAAGAAACUCUAGGUUCUAUUAGUAUCAGUAGAAAUGAUCUGAUAAACAUGAUAAUGAAGGAGUCCUUCAAUGUAGAAAAGAUAAUAAAUACAAUCUUGGAAACACCAAGAGUCCAGCCAGAACCAGUUAAAGAAAAAGUAAACAUACAAUCAACAACAGCACAGUCUGAGCUACCUACCAUAAAAGUGGUGUCAACACCUAAAACUGCAACAAAUGUGACAAAAGGCUUUGACUUGCCUCAAAAAGAGGCCAGGCCCCCUGUUUUGACCCCAAGGUCACAGUCGCCAUCUUCAGACAGAGAGACCCCUACAAACUUACCAAAUGUUGAUGCAUCAGAGGAUCUCAAAACUCCCAAAAUUAGGGAGAACAAGUUGGAUGUUCAACAGGUUUAUCAAAAGGAACGUGGGGAUGGUAAAGAACAUUUGUACAUGGUUGUCAUUGGACACGUGGACGCCGGUAAAAGUACACUGAUGGGACGCCUCUUGUGUGAUUUAGGACAAGUGAACCAGAGAAUAAUGCACAAAUAUGAACAAGAAAGCAGAAAAUUGGGGAAACAAAGCUUCAUGUAUGCUUGGGUGUUGGAUGAGACUGGAGAGGAACGUAAUAGGGGAAUAACAAUGGAUGUAGGCCGAUUCCAAUUUGAGACAGAUACAAAAAUUGUGACGAUCCUGGACGCUCCCGGCCACAAGGACUUCAUACCGAACAUGAUCUCUGGGGCGGGACAGGCGGAUGUGGCGCUGCUGGUGGUGGACGCUACCAGAGGCGAAUUCGAGACCGGUUUCGAUGCGGGGGGCCAGACCAGGGAGCACGGGCUGCUGGUGCGCUCGCUGGGAGUCUCCCAGGUGGCCGUGGCUGUCAACAAGCUUGACACGGUGGCGUGGUCGCAAGAAAGGUUCAACGAGAUCGUCGCGAAAUUGAAAGCUUUCCUCAAGCAGGUCGGGUUCAAGGACACCGAUGUGACGUUCGUACCUUGCAGCGGGUUGACGGGACAAAACUUGGUCAGCAAACCGACUGAGACAGAGCUGAUCAGUUGGUACGACGGUUCCUGUCUAUUGGAUGUGAUAGAUAAAUUCCGAUCUCCAGAGAGACCUGUCAAUAAGCCUUUCAGAUUAUCUAUCGAUGAUAUAUUCAAGGGUACCGGCACGGCCUUCUGCGUAUCAGGCAGAAUCGAAACCGGCUGCCUGACCGUCGGCGACAAGAUCCUCGUGUGCCCCAAUCGAGAAUCGGCCAUUGUCAAGUCGCUGGCUAUCGACGAGGCGCCGCAGGCGGUCGUCUUCGCCGGCGACCAGGCCACAGCCACCUUGUCCGGCAUCGAAAUGCAGAACGUCUCUGUGGGGAACGUGCUUUGCGAUCCGACGAGUCCUGUACAAGUGGCCUCUCAGUUUCAAGCGAGGAUCGUGGUGUUCAACGUGACAGUUCCUAUUACGAAAGGUUUCCCGGUAGUUUUACAUCACCAGUCUCUAGUCGAGCCUGUCGUGGUCAGCAAGCUGAUUUCGCAGUUGAACAAGAGCACCGGGGAAGUCCUGAAGAAGCAUCCGCGGUUUCUGGGAAACAACACCAGCGCCAUCGUGGAAAUCAAAGUGUCCAGACCCAUUGCUUUGGAGUUGUACAGCGAGUGCAAAGAGCUCGGGAGGGUUAUGCUCAGGGUGGGGGGAGUGACUAUCGCGGCUGGACUCAUUACUAAAAUCAUCUUGUGAGAUAUUAAUUAGUUGUGAAUAAAGUGGUUAGUU